UCCGCUGGCCACGCCCCCUUGCCCGCCCCAGGCCACGCCCCCAAGCGGCUCGCUAGGAGCGCGAAGGAGACGCGGAGCGGGUGCCCCUGAGCAUGUGCAGAGCGCAUCUCCACAGACAGCGAAGUCGUGCAUGUGGCGCCUUUUGAAUCCGGGACUCGAGGGCUCGAACUCCACGCAGCUCUUGGGAAGCCCAUAGCGCUACCCUGAUCCGCCGCCACCAUGGCUUCCGGGGGAGAAGGUCUGGAGGACAUUUCUCCGGACUGGGCGGGGGCCAGCCUGGUGGACCUGACCUCUCCCGAGCUGGCGAAAUCCAACACCUCCACGCUGGACAGCGGGGAGGAUUUCGAAGUCCUGGAUAACGACGAGGAGGAAGAGGAAGGGCGAGACGAGGACCUGAGCGGCCUCCCUCCGCUGGAGGACGUGCCCAGAAACGACGGCCGAGAGACGGCCGCCUCGCAGCCCCCUGCUCCAGAAGACGCGGAGGAGACCCCCGAGUGGGUGGAUGUGUUAGGGAGCGGUUUGCUGAAAAAGAAAGUCAUCGUCGCAGGUCAGGGACCGGAGACCCGGCCGGUUAAGAGCCAGGAUGUCACCGUCCGCCUUAAGACCAUGCUGCAGGACGGGACGGUGGUCGAGGAGAACCCCAGCCUCACCUUCACGCUGGGGGACUGUGAUGUCAUCCAGGCCCUGGACCUCUGCAUACAGCUGAUGGAGAUGAGAGAGACGGCGCUCAUUAUCUCAGACGCAAAGUACUGCUUUGGCCGGCAAGGGAGGAGUCCGGACAUCCCCCCUGACUCAUCUCUGGAACUUGAAGUGGAACUUCUAGCGGCCCAGGAUGCCCCGGACCUGGAACUCCUAAGUGGGAAGGAGAAGAUUGAGCUGGCGAACCGGAAGAGGGAGCGUGGCAACUUCCACUACCAGCGAGCAGACUAUGUUCUGGCUAUCAACUCCUACGACAUUGCGCUGAAGAUUAUCGGCUCCAGUUCAAAAGUGGACUUUACCCAGGAGGAGGAGGAGGAGUUAGUGGACGUCAAGAUGAAGUGCCUGAACAAUUUAGCUGCCUCUCAGCUCAAGUUGGACCACUACGAUGCGGCCCUGCGAUCCUGCAACCAAGUCCUGGAACAGCAGCCGGACAACAUCAAAGCCCUUUUUCGGAAGGGGAAGGUCCUGGCACAGCAAGGCGAAUACAGGGAGGCCAUCCCCAUCUUGAAAGCCGCCUUGAAGCUGGAGCCAUCGAAUAAGACCAUCCACACGGAGCUCUCGAAGCUGGCGAAGAAGCACGCCGACCAGAAGUGCGUGGAGACGGAGAUGUACCGCAAGAUGCUGGGCAACCCCAGCGGACCCACCGCCAAGUGCAAAGACAAGUCAUCCCGGUCAAUUCCGUGGAAGUGGCUCUUUGGCGCAACAGCCGUGGCGCUGGGGGGCGUGGCCUUGUCGGUUGUCAUCGCAGCCAGGAACUAGCACCAUCUGCUGGCAGGGACGGCGAGGAGCCCAAGCGGAAAACCAGCCCCUCUUUCCUCCAUCCCUUCUCCCCACCACGGCACCCCCAUCCCACCCCCACUCCGGCUCUCCUCGACAGACGCACACGCGGCUCUGGACUGUAGGGUGGCAGCUGGGGUGGGGGGCGGGGCUUAGCCCCUCCCCUCCCCUGAGGCUCCGCCCACCCUCCUCUUAGUUGCGAGAUGCAACAGACCCCUUUGCAGUGGGGCCGGCAGGGGAACCAGAGAGAUCUGUGGGGCAGGGUGGUGUGGUGGUGGGGAGGUUCGGCGCCAUCUCUCUGACUGCAGAGACUGGAAUUUGCAGGAUCUCAAUGGGACCCGGACUUGUGGGUAUCUUUUUGCGGUGGGGGGGGGGAAAUGGGACUUGGAUUUCACUGGAAGUUCUGAUCAAUCCUUUCUUGAGUGCCC